CACCUAAUACAAAAAAAUAGUUGAAAUAACGUUAAAUAACAUAGAUAAAUCAGUGUAUUAUAAAAUACACUAAAACAAAGAAAAUUAUAAAAUAUGAAAGAUAUUUACAUGGGAUAUGAUAAACUACGAUACAAACCUGUCUAUACAAAACUUCUUAAGUCACUUGCAAAAUAAGGGAGACAAAAUCACCAUAGGAAAUGAUAGGCAAAAUUUUCUAUCAUAUUCUAUCCAUUAUUUUAAGCAGGGUUAUUGGACCAAGAUUCAUGCCAAACGCAAGAGGAGCUCGCUGAAAUCUUGGGAAUGACUCAACAAGCGAUUUCAAACCGUUUCAAGGCCAUGGAUAUAGUGCAAAAACAAGAAAAUUGGGUUCCGUAUGAACUCAAACCAAGAGACGUCAAACGCCGUUUUUUCACGUGCGAACAACUGCUCCAAAGGCAAAAUCGGAAGAAAUUUUUGCAUCGGAUCGUAACGAGGGACGAAAAGUGGAUCUGCUACGACAACCCAAAGCGCAGAAAAUCAUGGGGUAAGCCCGGCCAUGCAUCAACUUCAACGGCAAAACCAAACUGAAUUUAUUCAUGGAGCAGCAAGAAGCUAAUGCUGUGCAUCUGGUGGGAUCAGCUCGGAGUGAUCUACUAUAAACUACUCCAGUCUAACGAAACCAUCACUGGGGAACGUUACCAAUACCAAUUGAUGCAACUGAACCGAGCAUUGAAGUUCAAACGCCCCCAAUAUGCCAAAAGACAUGACAAAGUGAUCUGACAACAAUGCUCGGCCACAUGUUGCAAAAGUCAUCCAGGACACUUUGGAAGCGCUUCAAUGGGAUGUUCUACCCCACCGGCCGUAUUCACCAGAAUAUGAUUAAUGUAACGAUUAAUAAGCUCUAGUCGUUUCAUUAAUCAUGAACUGCGAGUAUGUAGAAAGUGGUGACUUCUCAGUUUGGAAAAUUUCCCCAUGGACAGAAUCAAAGUCCUUAGGUGUACACUUUGGCGUUCUUCUUGUUGGAAAUGAUGUAAGUUGUGUGAUUACACUGGAUUACACGCUGUUUGUCUUGAAAAGUGUAUCACACUUUUAUGACGUAUUUUACACUGGUUUUACACGAGCCUGAGAGGUGGUGUACGCAGUGUAAAUUUAAGUUACACUAUGAGGUUAUAGUUUCCCCGAUUGCUUCCUAAUUUUUUUUUACAAUGGAAGAAGUCGUAUAAGUGCCUAACACGACAACAGUAUUUUGAAAUGCCGAUGAAUCGAUAAUUAUUGAUGAAGAAAGUUACAUAACAUGCCAAAUCGACAGUAUGUAUACAUUUUCAGUUGUUUUAUUUACAUAUGUGUUUUGUUAAUUGCAUGUAUAGAUUUUUAAUUGUUUCAUUUACAUGUGUAUCAUGUUAAUUUGUAGGCUAAUUUGUGGGCUAACUUUUAAAAUGUACACUUCUGAAAUAAAUCUGAAUGGUCCACCCAUUAAUUGUACUGUGGUUAACGAAGAAGUUUUAAUAGUAUUGACAUCUACACACAGAACAAUAGACACACCGGACACUUAUAAUAUUUCCAAUCAAGAAAAUGAGGAGCCAAACAUCAUUCAACACAAUUUCGAAAUUUUUAUCUGGAACGAUACAAAUAUGAAACUAUUUUUAUCACUCUACAAGGAGAAGAGAUAAUUAGUUGGCUCCGAAAGGAUUAAAAAUUUGAAAGAAAUGUGGAAACGCAUAAGCGACGAGAUGAAAAACUCGGGAUACAACGUGACUCUUAUACAAAUAGAAAAUAAGUGGAAGACAUUGGAAAGGCAAUAUAAAAAAGUUAUUUCCAAUAAUAAUAAAACAGGAAGAGGACGGAUUACCUGUAGUUACCAAAUGGAACUGACAGAAAUUUUGGGAAAGAGCCAUAAAAUAGUCCCACUUGCUGUAGCGAGUCCGGAAAUAAGAGUAAUGGUCCGAGAUAGUGUAUUAGAUCCCAGAACUUUAUUGAAUAACAGUGCGCCAAUUUUAAUGCCAGUAUCAGCAACAACUACAUUGCCAACUACUUCAAACGUAGAACGAAGAGAGGAACCUGAAGAUAUGCCUAUGGCUUUUCCUGAUAAAAGUGAAGCAGUAACCGUACCUGAAAAUGCCAACCUCGUCGCUGUUGCUAAAAGAAGAAUGGCUACUGGAACAACGGCAAAGGUAUUGCAACAGUGCCAAAAAAGAUGAAAGAAUACAAGAAGACACUCAAAAAACGCCAUGAAAAUCAAAAUAACAUAUUAACAUAAAUCCUGGAACCUAUAAAUCAAUGAAAGACAAACAAGAAAAACAUUUGACCGCAAUGGAGAACCAUAGAAAGGAAGCUAUUCAACAAAAACAAAGAAGGAACAAUUUAUUUGGAAAAGAAAAAUAAUUUGUUGAAAGAACUUUUAAAUUCAUAAAAAAAAA